UGCCCCAUAACUAGCUCGGCUUAAAGCACAGUGCCCAUUCCAGGCUCCAGCUCUGUGCAUCAUGUGUCAUAACCGAGGCUCCGUCCCUGCUGCUCCCGUCAGCCUGGCGCCGACCCCGGACCCUCUCCCCAGCCCUGGGCCCCGGAGAAGGUCCGGGCCGGAGAUCUUUACUUUCGACCCCCUCCCGGAGCCUGCUACUUACCGACCCGCCCGCUCCAGCAUCUCCCACCGGGUCAUUCGGAAGCGCAGCCGCAGGGUCCUCUACCCUCGAAUGGUUCGACGCCAGCUGCCUGCAGAGGACCCCAAUCCGGCCAGACGGCUCCUCUUCCUCCUCCUCACUGUUGUCUUUUGUCAGAUUUUGAUGGCCGAGGAGGGAGGUCCAGCACCUCCAGUGCUGGAAGAACCCGCCAACGACCCCACUCCAGCGCCCCCAGUUGUGGAGUCCCAGAACUUGACCUCUGAGCCUCCGGACUACUCCGUGGACAUCAGCGCCUUCAUCCAACAGCACCCGGCAGCCUUCUAAGCCACAACCCUGCCCCAAGCAAAACCAAAAAGAAACACAGAGGGGUACGGAAGGGUUAUGCCGAGCUGAGACCGGGCCUGGGGCACUCUCCAAUUUAGAACACUAAAACCAAAGAAUGACAUCAAUGCCACAGGAGCCUAAGUCCCUGAGCUAGAGUAAAUGGAGGGGAGAGAGAGACUUUUCCUGCUAUCUUUGCUGCAAGGGAGAAAAGACAUUAAUUUAUUUCUGGUUAUUCCUAAGUAAUAAUAUUUAUAUACAGUCUUUAUUUAUGUACCAUCCCACCAGGGGUGGCGGGUGGUGGUGGUGGGAGAAGGUUAUAUGUAGUAUUUAUUUUAAUUUAUAUGUUGUAGAGGAGAGAUGUGCCUCCAACUUUCUGCAAUGAAGUUUUGUUUUUGUUUUAUUUAUUGAGAUAAUCUAGUGAGCUGCUGAGCUGAGGGCGGGGAGAAAGCCUGGAAAAGGAAUUAACAGAAAUUGGAAGGUGAUGGGUGACUGGGACUGGGGAACUGAAUCAAGGGAGGGCUUUGGUAAAGAAAGACUAGUGAUAGCAAUAGGGAUAGUACCUUUAGGGGUGACAAUAUCCACCACCAUCCCCACACACAUAUCUCAACUCAAUGGGGCCUACUAUGUGAGGUCCCCAUAAGGGCUAAAGGGUUUGUUGACCACCUUUUACUCAGAAACUGCCCCCAAGGGGCUGGGGUGUGGGGUGGGUCUGUUGCCUUGUAUGUUCUAUGAACAGCCAAUAAAAUUGAUUUUACUGCUGGAAACCAA